GUGGCGCCUGCGCAGGAGCUUGUGGCGUCAAAGUGCCCGCCGUGUCCAUGGAGAGAAGCUGAGUCCCCACGCUCCAGCCGGAGGCUGCGGGUGCCGCGACGUGGACAUGUCGGCGUCGUUGGUCCGCGCCACCGUGCGGGCUGUGAGCAAGAGAAAACUGCAGCCCACGCGGGCGGCGCUCACACUGACCCCCUCUGCAGUGAACAAGAUAAAACAACUUCUUAAAGACAAACCUGAGCAUGUGGGUCUGAAAGUUGGCGUGCGAACCAGGGGCUGUAAUGGCCUCUCUUACAGCCUGGAGUACACAAAGACAAAAGGAGAUUCUGAUGAAGAAGUUAUUCAAGAUGGAGUCCGAGUGUUCAUCGAGAAGAAAGCACAGCUGACCCUGUUAGGGACGGAGAUGGACUAUGUGGAAGACAAACUGUCCAGUGAGUUUGUGUUCAACAACCCCAACAUCAAGGGAACCUGUGGCUGCGGUGAGAGCUUCCACGUGUGAGACCUCAGGACUGCAAGCUCCAGGAGAGCUGGCUCUGCCUUGCCGCUUACUGAAGAAAUCAUGUGAUAUCACGUGCUCAGACCUGUGGCUGCCUCGUGGGUGAAAAUAAAGUGACGCAUUUGAAAACCAAGCCAAUGUGGGAAGAGUUCCAAAAACAAUGUCUGUACUCUCUGUAAGACACAAACUGAGAAAACAUGGUGUCUGUACUCUCUAAGACACAACUGAGAGGCCGUAGAUUUCCGUGAGUCAUUCUGUUCUGUACAGGAAACUCAUAGCCUGCCCUUGUGCUGUAGCCUGCUUUGUGCUAGAACCAGCUUCAUGGCCAUUGCUUUGCUGGGAAUUGAGGAAUGGGAUAACAGGCGUGUACCUACAUCACAGCAUAGCUUGAGUGUGUCUCCUGUCCCUUUCUCAAUCUUUGCCAACCCCCCGAUCUCAGGCAGGACAACUGUGGGUAAUGGUGUAAUGGGACCUCAUUUCCCUCACCUUUAGCAUGGCCCAUUCCAUUUUUACCAACAAUGUGAUGAUCACAUGCCUCGUUUGCCAGCCCUUCAACAGUUCUGAGUUCUGAGUUCCAGUAUCUGAACUUGGGCACCACCGGGCCUGGUUUAGCACAUCUCAGUGAGCUUCAUGAUGGUUCGCUGUAGACCUUUCAGUUAAAAGCGCUUGUGCUAAGCAGCCAGCUUGCUUACUCAGUUCCUGCCCAGCUCUCCCUUCCUCGAGGUCACAGCAGUGCUGUCUGAGACAUUCGGUGAGGAGAGUGGCGUUGGCUUCUCGCCUGGCCAGCGCUCUCACCAGAGUUUCUUAAUUUAUAGAGACUUUGCUAGUUUUCUUUUGAAUAGACUCUUGUGUAAACCCUUUCGCGUGAAUUGCCAUCUUGUUUGUUUAGAACUUUGAAACAGUAGUUACAGAGAUCUGCAGCCUGGGAUUCCUCUUAGCACCGGCCCUGUGGAGCGGAACAUGCCAUCCUGACAGUUGCCAGUAUGCAUAUGCUUUCUGGUUCCUAAACGAAGUUGCUAAAUUUUUAAAAAUAUUUUUAUCACCAGUUUUUUGAGCCAUGGUUUUGCUGUAUACUACAGGCCAGCCUUGAACGCACAAUCCUCCUGCUUCAACGUUCUGAGGCAUGGGCUACCACACCUGGAUCCCAAGUUUUUCUUUAAGUGGUCUUGAUUGACUUUGGGUUGGACAUCUUAAGUAACCUGGGAAUUCUUUUGUGGAAGGCUGAGUCUCAUGCAGCUGAGUUUAAUAUUUGUGCUAUUUACUAAAGUACCUACCACCAAGAUGUACCAACUCGUAGUUUUAUAUGAAUGUUGAUGAGUUUGUAUCAUAAAUAGAAUUGUUGAUACAGCCUUAAUUUGUGCAAUAUUGUAUGAAGAGAUUGAGUUGUCAAUUAAAAACACGCAUCUUUAUGAUC